GAAACAUGAAAUUCUUUCUACUCGCUGCCGCCGUCGUAGCCGUCGCCGUUGCCGGCCCGGCUAGAUACGUCAUCCCUGGACCAGGUGGCCCGGCUCCUGUAGUUCCUGACACCUAUGAGCCAAUUGCUGUCGGCCCCGCUAUAGUUAAACCAGAAGUUUACGAGCCCAUUGUUGUCGGCCCUGCUAUUGUUGAGCCUGAUGUAUACGAGCCCAUCGUUGUCGGCCCUGCUAUUGUUGAGCCUGAUGUCUUUGAGCCCAUCGUGGUCGGCCCCGCUAUUGUCGAGCCUGGCGUGAUCCCAACCCCCGCAAGCUCUCCCCUUGUGCAGGUCAUCCUUAACAUCAACGCUCCCGCUGGAGCUGUACAGCCCCCAGUAUCUCCCGUCGUUGACCCUGUCGGGCCUGUUGUAAACCCCCCUACUCCCAUCUUCCCCAUUGGGCCUGUGCCUGAACCUGUUGUCUUGCCCCCUACUCCCAUCUUCCCCAUUGGGCCUGUACCUGAACCUGUUGUCUUGCCUCCUACUCCCAUCUUCCCCGUUCAACCUGAACCCCCUACUCCCAUCUUCCCCGUUGUGGUUGAACCCGUUCUUAUCGGUGAUCUUCGCCCUGUCAACCCCGCCAUCACCCUACCCGAGACUCUCAACUAAAGACUUCAUUCAAUUAAUAUAAUGUAAUAAUAAGAGUACAUUGGUAAAUUUCUUCAAACGAC